ACCACUGUAGGGGAAAAAACGGAGCAGAAGAGCGAAACAUGGCGACUUCGAACAAUCCGCGGAAAUUCAGCGAGAAAAUCGCUUUACAUAACCAGAAGCAGGCAGAGGAGACGGCGGCGUUUGAGGAGGUGAUGAAGGACCUGAGCAUUACGCGGGCAGCCAGGCUACAGCUGCAGGACACAAAGUAUUUGCAGAUGGGGUCGAGCCGUGGGCAGUACUAUGGAGGGUCUCUGCCAAAUGUGAAUCAGGUUGGAAACUGCUCUGCUGACGUGUCUUUUCAGAAUUCAGGGCUUGACACUAAUAGAUCUACGCGGCACCACGGAUUGGUAGACAGAGUCUACCGUGACCGGAGUCGCAUCACAUCGCCCAAUCGGAAACCCCUCUCUAUAGACAAACAUGGACGCCAGAUUGACAGCUGUCCAUAUGGCUCAGUGUAUCUGUCACCGCCUCCUGAUACCAGUUGGAGAAGGACAAAUUCGGACUCGGCCCUGCAUCAAAGCACACUGACUCCUGCACAGCAAGCCUCCUUCACCGGAGGCUCCCAGGAACUUCAGCCAAAACGAGUUCUCUUACUGACUGUACCAGGCUCUGGAGUCAUUAAACAGGAGGUUGAGGACGAUGGACAAAAGCAGACCUGGGACUGUAAAAAGAACGUGACACAGUCCGAGCUCUGUGAAGUUCCUGGGAUCCAAUUCACGGCGGCUGUUUUCUGCAGCAUCUUCCCCACCAUGGAGCAGCAGCUGUCCACUUCGCUGAAACCAGCAGCCCACAACAGCGGUGGAUCUCUUCCUGACCUCACCAACAUCCAGUUUCCUCCUCCUCUGCCCACCCCGCUUGACUCAGACGAUGCAGCUGCCCCCUCCUUCGGCUCUCCCAGCAGUACACAGAAUCUGGGUAGCAGUCAAGGAGUGAACAGCUCUCAGCCUGCAGUAAACAUGGAAAUCCAGUCUGGCCAGGACAACAUGGUUCCUCUCAUCCUAAAUGCAGGAGACUCACACCAGCAGCAGAACCUGCAGCUCUCCCAAAUGUCUCCACCACUCCCUCUUUCCCAGGUGGCCAUCAGUGCUAUGGAUCUCGAGCAACAAUUGUCCCAGUAUUCUUUCAUCAGCCAGCAGUCAAUCCCCCAGACACACCAGAACCAGCAACAGACGGGACUAGUCCAGCUGCCGUCCUCUGUGAACUCCUGCUCUUCGUCAGACAACCAGACUUCUGCACAAACUAACAUGACAAUCGACAUGAACACGACUGCCUCCCUGCAACAGUACCGCCACAGGGUUGGAUCCUCUGCCAAUCAGUCUCCAACCUCUCCCGUCUCCAAUCAAGGCUUCUCACCCGGAGGCUCACCUCAACACAAUUCCAUACUGGGCAGUGUGUUUGCAGACUUCUAUGACCAGCAGCUGCCAUCCAUUCAGGCCAGCGCUCUCUCACAACAGUUGGCACAGUUCAACAUGAUGGAGACCCCCAUCAGCUCUGACAGCCUGUACAGCCAGACAUCAACCCUCAACUAUUCCCAGGCGCUGAUGAUGGGUUUGACCGGCCACUGCAACCUUCAAGACUCACAGCAGCUCGGCUACAGCAGCCAUGGCAACAUUCCCAACAUCAUCCUCACAGUGAGUGGAGAGUCUCCUCCAAGCCUCCCCAAGGACCUGACCAGCUCGCUCUCCACAGACAUCAGCUUCGAUGUGGACUCCCAGUUCCCACUGGAUGAUUUAAGAAUCGACCCUCUGACGCUGGACGGCCUGCACAUGCUGAAUGACCCCGACAUGAUCCUCACUGACCCUGCCACAGAGGAUGCGUUUCGCCUCGACCGCCUCUAAGUCUCGCUCUACGUGCUUUUGGUUGCUUUGGAAAUGGUACCUGAACUGAGCCGUUCAGCUCUUCUGCCUGAGCAGAACUAGCAAUUUCACUCAAUCAAACCCCCUGACAGUGAGUUUAGGAAAAAAAAAAAAAAAAGUCCUCUGUUAGGGAAUUGCAUGGAAAUGUUCCCGAGGACUGCUGCUAGUUUCCAUUUUACACGGCAGGAUAAGUUAUGGGAUGAAUGCGGUAGAUGGCUCAGUCUCCACAUUCACCGUAUGGAUCUGUUUUCAACGCCUGGUUAACUGUUUGAGGAAGCUCGAUGACAGCAGAGACAACCUGGUGUCCCGGUCUGCAUCAGUGACCAACCACAGUAACAUAUCUGCAGAGAAAGCCCCUUGACAUGUUCCAAUCCAGCUUCCUGUUCACACACAGUGUUUUGAGGUCGAGUCCUCUUAGUCUGGCUGUGGUUUUUGUGCUUUUACCUUCUCGACAGUUUGUAAUAUAUGCCCCAAGAGGCGCUGAGUCAUUACUUUAUUUUUAGGACCUUUCUGAAUCUAGAUUUUAUCAAAGGGAAUAAGAUUCAUCAGUUAUGCAUGAAAUCAUAAAUCACUGUGGAUACUUGUUUUGCCUUAAAAGCUUGACGUUUUGGUUUUCAUGCAAAAAGAAAAAAGAAAAAAAACAGGAUAAAAGUUAAGAAGUCAUUUUUACUGAGUUGCGAGUUGCUCUGCCUACAUAACUUACCGUUGCGUUGUCACUACUGCCUCAUCUGUCCAAACCUAAACGGGGAUCCGUUCAGUCCUUGUGAUGAAAACGAUGUUUACAGGCUUGUUUUGCUCUACAUGUACAGAAUGUGGUUAGAUUUUGCGUAAUGAUAUCUAUGCAAAACUACUGUGGCCAGGAGGACUGAAACGUGUGAAGCCGUUAUGUGAAACUUAAGGCAAUGUGGAGGAUCCUCUGGAAUGCACGAUGAUGUCUUUCAAAAGACUUUUCUUUCUUUUUUAAGGUUUAAUACAGAAGAAAAAAAGAGUAAGCUCGGCAGUCGCUGGAGACUCAUGGAUUUCUCCCAAAGAUGGGACCUCAGUAGGUGAAACCUAUUUUCCAGUCAGCUGAACUGCCUCUAGAACGGCACUUUUGAUGCAAUGAGAAUGUACUUAGUUUACAUCCGUGUGGUUGUGUUGCUGUUAUUUUGUCAUCCUCAUUCCCUCCUUUUUCUAUUUUUUUACUACCUGUACAGCCAAAUACCUUUCACCUGUUACUUUAAGCAGCUCUGCCUGUCCUCUUUGUGCUUUAUGUUUGAAUUUGGUCAUAGCAUCGUCAUGCUUUUGUGGUUUUCGUCUUUAAUUCAUUAUUUUGGUGUUGAGAUAUGUCUCGAUGUUGUCUCGAUGUGCGUUCAAGUGAGCGGUUACCUUCACUUCAUUCACAGCUGUGUUCCAUUUUUUUGCACUUUAUGCUUUCAUUUAAAAGACACUGAUUAAUGAGAGUUUGUAUAUUGAACGCCCCAUCCCAGUGACUGUUAAGGUGAACUGGACCUGUUUGCCCCGUCUUUGUUCAAACUUGCCUUCUUGUACAGAAAUAGAAAAAAAGGAAAAACACAAAAAAGCUAAAUUAAAAUUAUUUUUGAAAAAAUAUAUAUCAGGGUAAUUUAUACCAGAUGUGUUUUACUUAACUAGGUCAUAUUUUAGGAUUCUUGUGUUUGAAUAUUUUGUCACUGCAGCAGAUCCUGGGUCUGAGUAAUGGAAAAAUGUUGAAGAAAAAAAAAAACAAUCAAACCCCAAUGAUGGAACGAAAUGUGCAUGGUAAAUACAGUUAGGGAUUCACAUUAAUAUUAUGUCAUCUCUAGGUCUGAAAACUUGGUUUAAACAAGGGAUGCACCAAUCUGUGUGUUCUGGCCGGUUUCUUAAAGCGUUGAGCUGCCAGUAUGAUUUUAAUGGUUUCUGUUGACAUAAUUGGGUACAAUACUGACAUUUUUGCCCCAAUAUCAUCAUUGAUAAAUCUGCUGGCUAAAAAAAAAACAACAGCUUUUUAUUUGAUAUUGUGUGUGGUAAAUUUCCGAGGCUAACAAAGAAUAAGCACAUGCAGAUUAUAACUGCUGUUUUUUCCCCUCGUAUCUGAUUGCAGACCUUUGCUUCAAUAGAACUAGGUUUAAUUUUACCUGAAAAUGUGGAGGUUUCUUUUAUCCGACCUCAAUGUCUAUUAGUUUGUGUCUAUCUGUGUAACUGAUUUAAUAGAUGAGCGGAUGCAAAAUUAACCUGCAGAAGGUCCAGAUUCCAUCAGAAAUUAGAAAUAAUUUUAAUCUCACUUUCAGGAUGUAGCUUUAAGGUUUCCUCUGAGAAGCAAUGCAAUCUGAAUGUCUUUUUGUUUCCAGCAGAAUAUUUCCUCUUUAUGUUUUUAAGCUAAAAAAUAUAGUUUUCUUGGUGCAUCUCUAGUAUAAACCUGCAUUUUGACUUUAGCCGAGACUGCUUUUGGCCAUUUUAGAAUUAUCCUCUAUGUUAAAAUAGGACGUCUUCAGUUUGGCAUAAAAUUGUUGAACAUCUAGACAGAAAAUCAAGCUUUUUAAAUAGAUUGUCCCAGCACCUGAGGUACACUAAAGCGAGCACAGCUAAAAGUGGAAUGAUCGUAUUUUUGUACUGGCAUUGGAAAUAAAAAUCAAGAGCAACAGGAUGUUGUGCGUUGCUGAAGCUGAGUUGUGAUGCGGAAAGGAUUUGACGGUUGCAGGACGUGUGACUACACUGUGCUGAAUGCAAUCAAUUCAGUUCCUGAAGUCAGUCACAAUCUCAGCCAGAGAAUCAGAGCAGGUGAAAUUUAUAUGAAAUUAAGAACAGGCACUUUUCUUGGACACUAAGUUUGCAUCACUAUUAGUCACUGAGAAAACAAUUAUUCUGUAGCUGCAACGAUUCCUACUUUCAUAUGUUCUAAGGACUCUGCGUGUUUUACCUUUACUGUAACACAGUCUAAAGGAGAAAUGUAUGACUUUUCUUUUCCUAGUAACUGCAUGAAAUUUCAAACAUGGUUUCUGCUUUUGUUGGUGGUUGUUUCCUCUGAAUGUCAAAGACAUUCAGUUUAAAUAUUUAAGUUUGUUUUUUGCUAAAACUGUGUUGUCAUGUUCAACUUGUGUCAUGUGUAUGUAAGUGAAGCCUAAAAAUGUACGGUGAUGAGCCUUUUAUGCACACGUGGACGCUGUUGUUUGGUACUGUGUUUUACACUGCAGUAUACAGUACGUGUUUAUUUUCUGUGCAACACCCGCAGAGUUUUGAUUAAGUCAAAGUACCUGUAGAAUAGUUGUGUAUAUUGCUGUACUGUAGGAACAAUGUUUUUUUUUUUUUGUGCUUACUGUGAGAUGAUGUCAAAUGGGGAAAAUGCACUGAGAAGUACUUCUGGAUCUCUCUGCUGGAUUUCCGGACUCUACAGUGAGCCUGAUAUAUUGUUGCCCUGUUUCUUUCGCUUUUUCCUUUAACUUUCUGCAGCUAAUGUGUUGUCUGUGUUUGUCACUUCUUUUUACAUGGGCGUUCAGGUAUCUGUUGGUAAAGCACCAGUGUUUACAGGGACAAUGGUUUACAACAGAGCAAAGUUUGUUUGCCAAAGCCUUCAUCUAAGUUUCAACCCUGAUCUGGACUAAUGAGCAACUGCACUGUAGAUUAGGAAAAGGGUCGUUGAACAGUCAAUCAGUUCAAUCAUUUCAACACUGGGGAAAUAAGCUUUGUAUCAAUCAAAAAAAAUGGUAGAUUGUAUUCUGCAAGGUUAGUGAAUAGAAAUUUGUUUUACACACCAUCCUCGUGUAUUUCAUGUCCUGAAAGUACUGUUGUUUGGUUGGAGUUUUCAUUCCUUUGUACUUGCUAUAGCCAGAUGUGUAAUAACAUAGAUUUCUAAAACAUCUGCAUCUGAAUAAAUCUGAAUAUCAU